GGAGCCGGCGUGGUAAUGGUGCGGCCGGCGGGCCUCCUCGACCCGGCGAGGCGGCGGCCGUUCCUGGACCAGCGCCGGCCGUCCUUCAGGCGGCGGUGGCAGCAGCGCCCGCUCUGGGUCCGCCUCGGCCUCUCGCUCGUCCUGGCCCUCGCCUGCGUCCUCCUCCUCCUCGGCCUCGCCGGCUCCCCCGACCCCUCCUCCCCGCCGUCCACCGACUCGGCGCGAUCCGGCACCACGGUCUCGUCCCCUCUUCUCCGCCAGAGAUCUUACCUGGACGGCAUCACGGAUGCGCACAACAUGACGGACGAAAUGCUGAGCGCGCACUCGUUCUCCCGUCAGCUCAUGGACCAGAUUUCCCUCGCAAAGACCUACAUCGUGGCCGCGAAAGAGGCCAACAACCUGCAGUUCGUGGCGGAGCUGAGCGCGCAGGUGCGGCGGGAGCAGAGCAUCCUCGCGCACGCUGCGGCCCACGGUGGCACGGUCAAGAAGGAGGACGCGGAGAAGGCGAUCAGGGACAUGGCCAUGCUCUUCUUCCAGGCGCAGCAGUUCCGGUACGACAGCUCCGUCACCAUCAUGAAGUUGAAGGGGCAGAUUCAGUCCUUGGAGGAGAAGUCGAAAGCUGAGGCGGACAAGAGCACAAAGUAUGGGCAGAUUGCCGCUGAGGAGCUCCCAAAGGGGCUUUACUGCCUUGGUGUCCGGCUAACCAUGGAGUGGUUCAAGAGUCCAGAGCUUCAGAGGAAGUUCUCAGAUAGGAGCCCGGCAGUGCAGAGCAACAUGAGGGAUAACAGCCUCUAUCAUUACUGUGUUUUCUCGGACAACAUCAUUGCUGUCUCUGUUGUCGUCAAUUCCACGACUCUGAAUUCAAAGCACCCUGAGAAGAAUGUUUUCCAUCUAGUGACCGACGAGGUGAACUAUGCUCCGAUGAAGGCCUGGUUUGCCAUGAACGAUUACGGAGGGGCCAUCGUGGAGAUACAGAAGGUGGAGGACUUCACCUGGCUAAACGCCUCGUAUGUCCCUGUUCUUAAACAGCUCCAGGAUGCUGCCACGCAGAAUUUCUACUUCUCUGGCAGUGGUAAUCGCGGAACACCAAUCAAAUUCAGAAACCCAAAGUACUUGUCAAUGCUCAACCACCUGAGGUUUUACAUCCCAGAAAUCUAUCCGGAACUCCGCAAGGUGGUAUUUCUUGAUGAUGACAUUGUUGUUCAAAGGGACCUAUCAGACUUGUUUACAAUCAACCUCAACGGCAACGUUAUGGGGGCAGUUGAAACUUGCAUGGAGACGUUCCACAGAUUUCAUAAGUAUCUCAAUCAUUCUCAUCCUCUAAUCCGUGCUCAUUUCGAUCCUGAUGCUUGCGGCUGGGCAUUUGGCAUGAAUGUGCUUGAUCUUGUUGAAUGGAGGAACAAGAAUGUCACAGGGAUAUAUCAUUAUUGGCAAGAGCGCAAUGCUGAUCAUACCCUAUGGAAGCUUGGGUCUCUACCUCCCGGGCUUCUUGCUUUCUAUGGCUUGGUUGAAGCAUUGGACCCAAAAUGGCACGUGUUGGGGUUAGGCUAUACAACCGUUGAUCCUGCUACUAUUAAGGAAGGUGCAGUAUUGCAUUACAACGGAAAUAUGAAGCCAUGGCUGAAAAUUGGGAUGGAGAAGUACAAGGGCUUUUGGGACAACUAUGUGGAUUAUUCACACCCUCUGCUUCAACAGUGUUUCAUGCACUGAUUAAUGUGUAUCAAAUGUUUGAAAUUUUGUGACCUUUUUGAUGGACAUGCUUCAGAUUUGUAACUAGGACAAUCACACGCAACCGUUUUGGUGGAACUGAUUGUCUGUGCUCACAAGUUACAGCCUCCCAUUAAACAUGGACAGCUGUGUAUGCUUAGCAUGUGAAGUUGAUGAAGUACAGUGAUCAUAAAUAUGACUGGCCACAGGUAAACAGCAGAAGAACUAAGAUUGUCAUUCAGUAGGUUGCUACUUGAACAACAUCACCGAUUACGUACAUUCAUAGCUUGCAACCACAAUGUAUUUUUUCCAUUUUGAUUAGUUUUGUGAGACAGAAGGAAGGACAUAAUUGUAGAAUUGAUUCAAAAUUCUUGAUGUGUUACAACAAGUUUUGAGAUACAUAUUUAUUGGAUGUUCAGCCAACU